AUGGAAGUUUUUAGUUUUGGAAUUCUUGUGUAUUGAUAAAACUUUGAUGCUUGUUCCAGAUCUAGUUCGUGUGCUUCCAUCAAAAUCGAACUUUGGCAAUGGGACCCUUUUACCAGGACGACGGUUUCUGUCAUAAACAUUGGCUUAUUAAGGAUGACUACCUUUUGCAUUCAUGUGGACUUGUUUUGGCAGCGAACCAUCACAAAAAGACAGUUUUUAUCACAUGGAAUGAGAAUUAUUUGCAAAACUUUUGUGUAAAGAAACAGAAAGAUAGCCUUUGGGUAAAAAUGACUGCUGUGCGAAUCCCACUCCCUAAGAGAGGAAUAAGCUAUCUUAGGAGCGUCCAUACUUUAAAGUACAACACUUUAGUACUUAUGUCGGAUGGGGAGGUCUACUGUUAUGGCUCUUUCAAGGCCCUGCAUUUAAUUACGUGGCUUAGCGGAGUACGCUGUUUAGCGACUACUGAUGAAGGAUUUAGCGUGAUUCGAGAGGAGAAGCAACGUCUGUUUUUACAGACGUAUCUGGACCUCCCAGAUUUAAAACAGGCCAAGAGCACAUUGCGGCACACAUUUGAUAUUUCUUGCGACGAACAAAAUAUAUUUCAGGGUAAUUGGCAGAAUGAUGCGUACACGCUCACCACCUUACUAUCUGCAAAGGAACAAAUGUUUGCUCAGAGCCUUUUCGGGGCCAACAGGGUUACACAGCAUUAUGUCCACAUCUUUAGCAUAGGAGGGCAUGUGUUUUCUUUGUCAUCUAGUUUUAAACAUGGAUCAAAAAGUUCGGGUGAAGACUACCACAUCGAGCUUUUAUGCAUGUGCGCAGCUCAUGUAAGAUUAAUUCGACUCCUGCCAGAUGAGAACCUUUGCUUGGUUUUCCUUAGCAAUGGAAGUGUGGAAUUGUGGUAUGUGUCUUCUCUUCUGGCAAUUAAACAGCGCCAGAUUCAUUACACGGGGUCGGAAUGGCUGGACUAUGAUGUCACGAAUUUCGGCAACUUUUACUAUACGGACGGCACUCACAUAGUGCGACUGAAGUUUAAGUACAACAAAGAGCUUGACGAGUGUUUUGUCCAUACCUUAAGAAAGCCAAUACCGGGCAUUCAGAGCUGCAUUUGGCUAGAGCACAGAGAAGAGCUACUUUGUCUAAGCGCAAACAACAUUUUUUACCGCAUCACCUUUCCAGUUUCCAAAAAAAACACAGCUGGUCAGUUGUCAAACGUAUCACCUGCAGUCAUUAAGCGUUUGCGGCGCAACUCCCAAGCCUUGCAAAUCUACAAACAGCUGCCAGCUAAGCUUCUACAAAACGUGCACCACGAAUGUGAGGAUAAGCAGCUGAUUUCAUUGAGUGAAAACAGCUACAGAUACGGUGCGGGUAUUAAGACCUCACUAGAAUUCCAUAGCCACCUACCUAGCUGGAGCAGUGGUGCUGUGUUGCUGCAGCCCGAUCAAAAAAUAGACUUUUUUCCAGGUUGCAUAUGUGCUGUACUUAACUUUGUAAUUGUCGACAAACGGCUCUUAUUGCGCUGUACAUAUUGGAAGCUAUUUACAUUCUAUGAAAAUCAUCUCUUUGUGUACCUGUUGCCAACAAAUGUGUUGAUCACCGAAGAAUUUCGAGCGAUUUUGGUAAUAAGAAAAUUAAUGAACGAACGUCUGCCUAUUUUAAAUUUUCGGCUAGUGGGUUUCAUUGAAAUUCAUAGCCAAAUAAGAGCUGUACUUCAUCCCAUAUCAGUGGAAAAAAACAAGUCUAUUUUUAGUGCUGUCUUUAGUCAACGAUUUCAAGCUGCUAGCAAUCGCCCCACACUUUCUAAGGAAAUUUGUAGGCCUAUGAUUAUGCAGAACGUCAGGCUAAAAAGUUUUACUUUGCCCAGACUAGCAGAUUUAUUCCACAACACAAGGCUCCUAAAACAAAAAUAUUUAAAAUGUUACUUUUUAAACGAAAAGCUGUUUUUUUUUAAAUCUGCAAAUAAAAUUGAAAAUCAAUUUAGCGGAAUGUUGAAAAGCGAUGAUGCUUCGGCGAUCUACUAUUUGAAAGAACAUUUUGUCCUAAACGAUGAAAUUUUGGAUAUCGAUCCUGAACUCAAAGAUUAUGCAUCUAUAAUAAAACUUAUUUUGAUGGAGACUAAUGAAUCAGAAUUUAAAGGACCCAUUGUCUGUGGAAGGAAUAUAGCAAUAAGCUUAAAAUCCAAAUAUAAAUCUGUAAGGAAUGCCAUUUUUUACAAAUUAAAACGCUGAAAGGCCUGACCAAUU